AUGGCAAUAGUAACGGAAUUAAUAAACUUUUUUCAUCAUAAUUCAAAAGAAUAUAAGGAAUUUAUACAACAUUUGAUAUGUUUCAACGGAGAUACACCAUUUAAUAUAGAAGAGGUUGAUAAGACACAAAAUGUCAUUAUAUCAACUAUAAAUACCUAUUUAAAUGAAUCACAGUCCCGGUAUAAUGGUUUAUUAAUUUUAGACAAAAUUUUGCCACAAUGCUCGAAAGAUAUUCUUUCUAAAUAUUGUAUAUUAUGGAUGUCAAAAGCUACACAAAUGUUAGAAAGUAUCCAUAGUACUGUACACGAAUUAUCCCUUGUCUGUAAAGUCCUUGGAUAUUUGAUUAUCAAUUCGAAAGAUAUUUCUGAAAUACAAAAGCAAGUAUCUAUGCAAACUGUGAAACAACUUAUUAAUAUAAUUAGUAACAUGAAUAUAGAAAAACAAUGUGGCCCAAUAUAUUAUUUAAUUGCUGUAUUAUUACAUCAGUAUCCAGAAGUUUGCGAACGUUAUCAGGUCUCCAUAAAAAAGAUUAUAUUAUUGCAAAUUGAUUCUUCCCAAGAAAAUUUGGUUAAUGCAAGUGCAAAAUGUUAUGCUCUUUUAGUAAGAGCAGCAGAGCGUUCAUUUAAACCUCCAGUUUCAAAAUUAAAUUAUACUUGUUGGACAUAUAAUCAAGCAAUUAUUUGUAAUAGCUUACAUUCUAUAAUGGAUGAAUUAUUUUCAAAUUUAGUAGAAUUAGAAAAUGUGCACAUUUGGGAUAAAUUGGAAUUGUCUAAUAUAUCUGAAGAAAAUAUUAUUCAAUUUUAUUUUAAACAAAAACAGAGAUUUGUGAAUUUAUGUUCUUAUUUAUCAUAUAUGUUAUGUGGAAUUGGUAAAAGGAAUUCAGUAUUACCACAUGAUAUUUUAAAAGUUUUAUGUAGAGGACUUGCCAUACAACCAUCCAAUAUAAGAAAUCAAAAUUCCAUUAGAGAACAAAUUUUAUAUCUUAUUUUACCCGAGCUACAUAUUGCUUUAUUCAAUGUUUUAGAUUCAUUAAUAAGUGGAUUUAAGGAACACAUAAUACCAUUUGGUUCCACAAUAUUAGAACUGUUUCUCCAAACGUUACAAUGGACAGAAAGUGUUCCAGAAAAUCAAAUUACAAUUAAUGGAAAUAAACCAUUUAAAAAUGUACGGAUAUCAGUUUAUAAAUGUCUUAACUCUUGGUUAAUGAAUACUAAUUCAUUAUCAGGUAUAGAAACAGUUGCAAAUGAAUAUCUUCCAUAUAUAUUAAAAGAUGCAGUACCAGAAAAAAAUCGUGUGUUACUAACUAUACAAAAAACACAAAAUUUAUCAAAAAGAGCAUUAAAGCGUUUACGAAAUAGUCAAUACGAAAAAGGUACAUAUUUGAAUAAUGAAAUUAGUUCUAAUAAAGAACACUAUCUAGAUGUAGACAUAUGUAAAAUGGCUCUUGAUAUAUUACAAAAUAUAUUUUUCAAUAGUGGAAUUCUUUUAAAGGAAACGUGUUUUAAAACUGUACAAAAUAUUGUAAUACCUUUGCUAUAUGAAUGUUAUCUAAGCACUAGUGAACAAAAAUUUUAUAAAGAACAUUCUGAUUGUCGUUUAUUACUGUUCAGGGUUUUAAGAGCUUUGCAAAUGAAUCCACAUCCUUUAUUACCUUUACCGACACAAUACUCUAUAGAAAUAUUUGAAAUGGCUUUAAAUGAUCAGGACUUACGUAUUAUUCAAGAAGUCAGAGUGGCAUUAGCGGAACUUGAAAAAAUCGUGCAUCCGUAUGCUCCAACUAUCCAAUUAACUCAAGUAGAAACAAUACAGAACGAAUUUAUCACCAAUAUACAAGAACGUAAUACAACAAUGGAUGAUGUACCUUCAUCUAAUAAUGAGACUGUUACAAUUGAAGAUACAGAACUGUCCGCAAAUAAAAAAUUAAAAGUUACAAAUUCAGAUUUUAAUGAAAUUAUUGAACCUAGUGCAAGAAACAUUACCGAAGAUGAAGUAUCUAUUACAGAAAACCAAGAAAACCAAGUUUGUCUAGAAGAAGAAUGUAGUACAGUAGAAGAACAAUGUAGUACAGUGGAAGAACAAAUGACAGUCACAGCACAAAAUGAAAAUAUUGUAGAAAGUGAACAAGCUAUACACAUUUGUGACAAAUCAACAAAUGAGACUACUUUAAUACUACCUAUGAUUAAUACAGAAACUUCAGAAGAAGCCAAGCCACUAUUAACUACAAAUAAAGAAACUAACGAUACUUGCAUUGAAAGUAUGGAUACAACAGAAGAUGUUAACUGUAAUUCAGAAAAUACUUCUGAAAUAUCUGAAGGAAAUAAAAAACCUUUAACAGAAAAAGAAGAAAAAGAAGAAAAAGAAGAAAAGGAAGAAGAAGAAGAAAAUGAAAUAUUACAAUCGUUUAAGGAUGUACUAAAAAAUAACGAUUAAUUACGAUUAUUUAGAACAUUUUAUUUCUAAAAUAAAUGUAUAUUAA